AGCUAAUGCUUCUUGGAGCUGGAGAAAAAUUCUCAAACUCAGGCCACUAGAAAGUGGUUUACGUAAGAAUUUAGUUAGUGAUGAGCGUACUCUAUCCCCUGUGGCAUGAUUCACGGCAUCCAGAUGGUCCCUUUGUUGAAACUUAUGGGGAUAAGAUGCAAGCUCUCUUUGGUGGUGAAUGGUAAUUUCUGGAGUUGGCCUCCUGUCAGAUUGGAUGCACAUUUUUGAGGAUCCGGGUUGCUUUAUUGGACAGAUUGUAUCCCAAGCAAAGGCAAAUGUACGCGAUAGAAUUCUUGGAUUUGCCAAGACUGAUGCAUCGUCUAUGCCAAAGGUUUUCGCAAUGAAUUGGGGAGUGGAAUAUGCAGUACAGGAUUCAUAGUGUAUGUUGUUUUCUUCGAUUGUAGGAGCUCACCACACAGAUGUUUUUUUUUUUUUUUAGUAUUAAUCUCUUAAUAUGUAUAAAUUACAUUGAGUGUU